CUGAACACACUGCAGAAUUAAAGACCUAUUGUGAGGCCCUGUUAAUGUAGAACAAUAACAGAUUUACCACAGUGAAGUAGUGUAAGGACGAUUACAGGAUUCAGGAUAACACUCCAUUUAAUCAGGCCCAAAUUUAGUUAGCUGUAACUUCUUAAAUGUUUUGUUGAGGUCAAAAACAAACUUAGACAGGAAAACUGAGAGAUAUUUUCUGUCAAUGAUUCAGUUCAUUCAGUAGAAACUUGUAGCAACCUCAACACUGCUGUGGUCUGGGUGUAUGAGACGCCAUCACCAUCCAGUGGCGAGAUAUGGCAACUACUUGUUUUUGAAGCAGAUCCAAGAUGGCGGCCCCCAUGUAGACGAAUUGAGGAGCUGCUUGGAGAUUCAAAACAUGACGUUUCACAGCCACCAUGGAUACAAAAGAAAUAGUCCACAUUGCCCUACAGAUGGAGAAAUCCAUCAAAGACAGAAGCCAUGGGGACUCGCUGACCCUCCUUGCUGACCUCGAUAAGGUUCACAUCACAGCCCAGCAGCUGGAAACCACAGACCUUGUCAAAGUGCUCUACAGGCUCCUGAAAUCCUGCUCUGACAGCAGCGUAAAGAAGGCUGUGAAGGGUUUGUUGGCGAAGUGGAAGAAACAGUAUGGACAAGAUAGAGAAAGUGUGAAAUGUGCAGAGGAGGGAGAGGGGUCUGAACUGUCUUGCAGGGAUUCCAGUGAUGACGGUGUGUCAGAACAAGACAGAACAUCUUUGGAGGGAAAAGACGGCUGCAAGACUCUUUCUUCUACAUCAGAAAGCACCUCUUCAUCCUGUCCUCCUUCGUCUGUGAGAUCUAAAUGUGUCCAGCUUCUUUUCGCCGCCCUUUCCAAAGAACAGCCUCAAGAAGAGGCUGCAAACUUAGCUGAAAACAUUGAGAAACACAUCCAUAAACUCCACAAAUCCAACACCACCAAAUACAAAGCCUGCAUAAGAAGCAAGGUGGCAAAUCUGAGGAACCCUAAGAACAGUCAUUUACUGCAGGGACUUGUGGACGGCUCGCUUUCACCUGAAGUCUUCUCCCGGAUGUCCACAGAGGAGAUGGCGAGCAAGGAGCUCCAGCAGCUCAGAGAAGAGUAUUCAUCCCGAGGUGUGAGCGAGAGGCAGCUUCCUCAGGGGAUAGAAGGGACGAAAACACAGAAGAUCAGGUGUAAAAGGUGUGGGAUGUCAGACUGCAGUGUGACACAGGUGUCCAGGGGGGCCCUGUUUCUGCCCGCAUGGGUGAGGAGGGGCGGCCCUGAUGAGGAUGCGAUGACUUUUGUGACUUGUAGUGGAUGCGGGGAGCAGUGGUACCACAGUGGAUGGAUCUGCCUCUAGAUCCAGAUUGACAGUGGUCUAAGAGACGUCGGGAAGAGGCUGAAAAUGAAGAAAUGAAGAAAACAGAGGUUAUAGAAUUGAUUAGCUCGUAGGGUGCUGAUGGAAGUGGAGACAGGAGCAGAACAUUCUUACAGUAUCUUUAAAAUGAGGUGUCAGAUUUGGACUUUCAAGACGUAAAUCUUAAACUGAAAAGGCCCAAACUGUGGUUUCCUCCAGACUUAAAAGGCUGAGUCACUGUCCAUUACUUUUGAAACCACAACUUUUCAAGAAGUAGCUCUCGUCAUUCUCUUCCUGCUGAUUCAUUUCCUCUCUCGUCCACUUCAUCGUCUCUUACAGAACCUCUUAUAUGACGAGUUCCUGCCCGGAGGAAGGAUCGAAACCACUACAGCCUCGACCUUUGCUCUCAUUCACCUUUAAUGUUCUUGAUAUUGAAGAAGAGAGGGUUCUCCGGGCUCUCUUUGUAAGAAAACACCAGAGAAGAAGACAUCACUCCCCCACGCAGCCUCCUCUGACAAUAUCCCAUUCAUGUGGGUCAAACUUUCUCAAGCAGAUCAGACAUGUGACUCUGAGAAAACGGUGAGCAUGUGAGUCAGUAAGCUGCCCUCCUGAGCGGCCUCAAGCCCUGGAUAUCCCAUGGUGCUUCAGUCAGCGGACGUGGCACUUACACGUCAUUGUGACAUCAGGUCGAGGGUGAAGACUUCACAGAUCUGUGUAAAGUGCAGGAUUAGUCUCUCUGCAUUCAUCGUUUUGUCUCCAUUUUUCCUCCAUUUGACCUUUAAUGUACAAUAAAGUCACUUUUUUAAUGAAAACUUUAUAAAA